AGGCUCAGAACUUUCGAGCCCACUUCCCUCCCAGAUAGUGAACCCUAUUCGAAGCAGUGGGGCUUCGACCCAAGUUGCUAGAAGAACCAAGCACGCUCCAUGUACGGCAAGGACCACGGUAUGCAGCCAGGCAAUCCUUAUGCGGCCUUUGCGCAGGACGAGAUCAGCCAGUCCAAGCCCCUCAUGGGGCCGCCCAAGAUGGCCACACGGACGCGUGUGAACUUGGUGGGGGUCAUCGUGAGCCUUUUCAUCCCCUGGCUUGUGUUCAUCGCCAUCUUUUCGCUGUGGUCCUUUCAGAUUCGGUACAGCAGCCCGGGGACGGUGGUGGCAAUCACCCUGGCCAUUGGCAUCCCCUUGGGCCUGUACUGCCUCUACAGAGUGCAGCUCUCGUGCCGCGCGCUCUUCGGACAGUACCACUUGGUGGAAACAGGCAGAUUCACAAUGUGGUCUUUGUUUAUCGCGGUGACCGCAGUGAUUGCCUUUUGCCUCGGGAUGCUGUCAGGCAGCUACAACUAUGCUCAGAACAUGCGUGGCACCUUUGACGUGCAAUCCUUGAACGCCUAUGUGGAUGUCAACCCUGCCACUAUGAGGGGUCAGGAGCUGAUGGACGCAGGCAAGGUCCAGUUCGUAGCCGGUGCCGACCUGGACUUCCGAUUGGCCAAUGGCUUCAAGAACACGGACAUCUUCUGCGUGGCCCCCAUUACGGUGAACGGGGCGAACUUGGCGUCUUACGACUUCUGGGCGGUUGGCAAGAACUGCUGCUCGGAUCAGCAGUCUGACUUCAAGUGCGGCGCGUACAAAAACAGCGGCAUCAAGGGAGGCGUUCGCAUCACCGACGAUGUGGACCGCGAUUUCUACAGGCUGGCCGUGCAGCAAGCGAUGUCAGCGCACGCCAUAAAGGCAAUCCAUCCGCUCUUCUUUGAGUGGACAUCAGACUCAUCCGCGCAGAUGCUGGAAGACGAGCGGGCCGGGUAUCAGAUCUUCCUGAUGGGGAUCAUGGGUCACUUUGUCUUCCAGGGCAUUUUGGUGGCCAUUGCCGUGGGGUGUUUCGCCAAGAACCGCUUCGAGUGAAUACUUACUGGGCGUGGCUUCGCUGGUACGCGGAAAGGCGAUCCAGCGAGACAUGGUCAAGCCUGGUAGGAUUCAUUGGCAAGAUGUGUCCAAUAUUCAGGAGUCUCAGCCCAGGUUGGAUACUCGUUUCACCAAUCAAAGCACUCGUGGAGGAGGGCGUUGACAUGAA